AUGAGUAAUUUACCAUUAUUAGGUACAUCAAAUCAAUCCAAUUUCUUAACAAAUGCUAAAAAAUCAACUUUAUUAACAUUGAAAUCAUCACCAGUAAAUUAUUUAUUGGUGUUUGUUCCAAUUGGUUUAAUUGCUGGUUAUUUAAAUUGGAAUUCAAAUGCUAAAUUUUGGAUUAAUUUUUUAUCAAUUAUACCAUUAGCUUCGAUAUUAGCAUUUGCAACAGAAGAAAUAAGUGAACAUGUUGGACAAACAGCUGGAGGUUUAUUAAAUGCAACAUUUGGUAAUGCAGUUGAAUUAAUUGUUUCAAUUAUUGCAUUAAAAGAAAAUCAAGUUAGAAUUGUUCAAGCUUCAAUGUUAGGUUCAAUAUUAAGUAACUUGCUUUUAGUUUUAGGCUGUUGUUUUGUUGCUGGUGGUAUAACAAGAGUUCAACAAAGUUUCAAUCAAACUGUUGCUCAAACAAUGUCAAGUUUAAUGGCUUUAGCUACUGCUUCAUUAUUAAUCCCAGCAGCUUUUCAUGCUUCAUUACCAAAACCAAAGGGCAACCUGGGAUUUUUCCCAGAACCUGGUUCAUCAGAUGAAUUAAUUUUAAGUUUAAGUAGAGGAGUUUCAAUUAUAUUAUUAUUAUGUUAUUUAUUUUAUUUAAUUUUUUCAUUAAAAACUCAUAAAUCAUUAUUUGAAGAAACUAAUUCUGCAGAUAUUGAUCAUAAUAAUUCAAGUGAUGAUAUUAUAACAAAAGAUGAUGAACAUUUAUCAAUUUAUGAAGCUUUAACAAUUUUAUUAAUUACAACAAUUUUAGUUUCAUUUUCUGCUGAUAUUUUAGUUGGUUCAAUUGAUGAUAUUGUUGAAAAAUCAGGUUUAUCAAAAACUUUUAUUGGUUUAAUUAUUAUUCCCAUAGUUGGUAAUGCAGCAGAACAUGUUACUGCUAUAGUUGUAGCAAUGAAAGAUAAAAUGGAUUUAGCUAUUGGAGUUGCUGUUGGUUCAUCAUUACAAAUUGCUAUAUUUGUUACACCAUUUAUGGUUUUAACUGGUUGGAUAAUUGAUGUACCAAUGUCAUUAUAUUUUUCAACUUUUGAAACUGCUAUAUUAUUUGUAAGUGUUUUUAUAACAAAUUUAGUAAUAUUAGAUGGUGAAAGUAAUUGGUUAGAAGGUGCUAUGUUAUUAUGUACUUAUUUUAUUAUUGCUUUAGCAUUUUUUUAUUACCCAGAUUCAGCAGGAUUAUAG